GGGCGGGGCCCUGGCGCCAGGAAAUGCCCAGGAGUGUGUGUCACCUGCCCCGAACACUUGUUGAUUCUCAGGAACGCGGCCUUUGAGGUCGGAACCCGAGAAGGAUUGCGAUCUCGCCUCCUGGGCCUCAGGCGGCCCCCAGACACGCAGACAUGAGCAAGUUGGGCAAGUUCUUUAAAGGGGGAGGCUCUUCUAAGAGCCGAGCGGCUCCCAGCCCCCAGGAAGCCCUGGCCCGACUUCGGGAGACUGAGGAGAUGCUAGGCAAGAAACAGGAGUACCUGGAAAACCGCAUCCAGAGAGAACUCAUCCUGGCCAAGAAGCACGGCACGCACAAUAAGCGAGCUGCAUUGCAGGCACUGAAGAGAAAGAAGAGGUUUGAGAAGCAGCUCACUCAGAUUGAUGGCACACUGUCCACAAUCGAGUUCCAGAGAGAAGCCCUAGAGAACUCACACACCAAUGCUGAGGUGCUGAGGAACAUGGGCUUGGCGGCCAAGGCGAUGAGAGCAGUUCAUGAAAACAUGGAUCUGAAUAAAAUAGAUGAUUUGAUGCAAGAGGUCACAGAGCAACAGGAUUUUGCCCAAGAAAUCUCAGAAGCAUUUUCUCAGCGGGUUGGAUUUGGCGAUGACUUUGAUGAGGAUGAGUUGAUGGCAGAACUGGAAGAGUUGGAGCAGAAAGAAUUAAAUAAGAAGAUGACAAGUAUUCGACUCCCACAUGUGCCUUCCUCUUCCCUCCCAGCACAGCCAGACAGAAUGCCAGGUAGAAUGAGGGGCACAUUAUCCAGUGCACAGAGGUCCCAAGCAGCCUCUUCUAGGAGGACAGAAGAACAGGAGGAUGACAUCAAACACUUGGCAGCUUGGGCUACUUAAAUGAAAAUGGAAUUUUUUGAUGCCUAAAUUAAUAACCUCUACAUAGGACAUAAAAAAUAUUUUUGCCAAGUUCAGAAGUUAACAGAGACCCUGUUUCACAUUUACACUGAAUGAGUAAUUGUCUUUUAAGCUUUGUAAGUAAAAGUUAAAGAAUAAAGAAAGGAGUCAUGCCAGACAGAAGUAGGGAUGGAAAGGAAUUCCUGGUGGCAUCUUGCAGGACCUCUCCACAAGGAUGGAAGGGGCCCCUGUCUUUCUUACUACUGAAUCCCAGUCCUGGAACAUAGCUGGUGCUCUCUCUAUGUUUGUUGACAAGAAAUGGACAUCUGUUCACCUAUAAAACGUAUAAUCAUUUAUAAGCCAUCUAAGAGAGAUGUGUCUGUGAUAGCUGGAAGAAUAACUUCCUAUUCUACGCAAGUGCAAUUGGGCUGUGUUUCCAUGUUAGUGGAUAUGGUACCCACAGUAGAUGGAAAUACACUAUGUCUCUAGUAGGAGAGAUGUCAUGUGGGGCAGUCCUGUGCAAGUCUACACAUAGUUUCACUUGAGUUUUGUCAUUGGGAAUCUUAAAGGAUUUUAAAUUGACAUUUAUUAUGCCAAUUAAGCUUGGAAUGGGGCAGUGGAUGCAUUUCCCAGAAUGUCUGAAAGCACUAGGAACUCACACUCAUGCCUGAGUGUGAUUCAGCUGCUUAGGAAGCUGUGUGACAGCCUGGGGCCAUUAUGAUGCUGCUUCAGUGGCUGAAUAUGUAAAUGUUCAUGUUUUCUGCCCUAUGCUCUCUUAUUCAUUUACACUUUGCAGCCUAUUUCUUGUAAAUACAUUAAAAUAUAGGCCAUUAAAAGUAUAUCUUGAAUGACAUUUUGGCCAUAAUUAUUUUUAAAUGAAAGUAUAUUACAAAGCUAUGUAUUGCCCAAAAUAUGUCAUGAAGCAUAAAACGACAAUGUUAUUACAUAAAAUGUAGUGUUCCCUACAUUUGCUUAGCAACAUAGUGAAAUGGAGAGAACACUGGGUGUGGAGAUAGGGUCCUGAUUCCAUCCCCUGCCUUGCCACUAACACAGAAAGGAGGAGGCACAAACUCCAAACCUUUUUGUCUUCAUUGGGAGAGCUAAGGGCUGGACUUGAUCUCUAAUGGACCAAUCUUGCCACAGGCCUUUUGCAUAUUGCUGUUCUUCUUAGUAGUCUUCUUACCCUCCACAACACGGGUACCAAAUCUUAUUUCCUAAGUCUU